CCAGCUUGCCUCGGCCUUGCCGGGCUUCACCGCCAGUCCGACCGAACCAGAACCGUAGGACUCGGCGGCCCAACCUCCGUCCGGGAUGGAGCCCCGUUUCGGGGCACGGCGCCGCCCGGUCUCAGGGACCGUCUCUGUCGCGAAGAUGUUUUCAAGUCAGCCUAACAUUUACUGAGUGUCUACUGUGUACAAGAUGAACAUGUGCAACAAGCCUUCCAACAAGACAGCCCCUGAGAAGAGCGUGUGGACAGCACCUGUGCAGGCCAGCAGACCCUCUCCAGAGCUGCAAGGCCAGCGGUCCCGCCGGAAUGGGUGGAGCUGGCCCCCUCACCCGCUCCAGAUUGUGGCCUGGCUACUGUAUCUCUUCUUUGCUGUGAUCGGCUUUGGGGUCCUUGUUCCUCUCCUGCCCCACCACUGGGUGCCCACUGGCUAUGCUUGCAUGGGCGCCAUCUUUGCUGGCCACCUUGUGGUGCACCUGACUGCUGUCUCCAUCGAUCCAGCAGAUGCCAAUGUGCGGGACAAGAGCUACGCAGGGCCACUGCCCAUCUUCAACCGCAGCCAACAUGCACACGUCAUUGAAGACCUGCAUUGCAACUUGUGCGAUGUGGAUGUGAGCUCUCGCUCCAAGCACUGCAGCGCCUGCAACAAGUGCGUGUGCGGCUUCGACCAUCACUGCAAGUGGCUCAACAACUGCGUGGGCGAGAGGAACUACCGGCUCUUUCUACACAGUGUGGCAUCCGCUUUACUGGGUGUCCUGCUCCUGGUGCUGGUGGCCACUUAUGUCUUUGUGGAGUUCUUUGUCAACCCCAUGCAGCUGCGCACCAACCAACACUUUGAAGUUCUGAAGAAUCACACAGAUAUGUGGUUUGUGUUCCUGCCUGCUGCCCCCGUGGAGACCAAGGCACCUGCUAUCCUGGCCCUGGCUGCCCUCCUCAUCCUUCUGGGCCUGCUCUCCACAGCCCUGCUCGGCCACCUGCUCUGCUUCCACAUUUAUCUCAUGUGGCACAAGCUCACCACCUAUGAGUACAUCGUGCAGCACCGCCCACCACAGGAGGCAAAGGGGGCCCACAGGGAGCUCGAGUCGUGUCCCCCCAAGAUGCAGCCCAUACAGGGGCAGGGGAGACCGCGCGCACACACCCCUUCUCAGAAGCCGGGAUUGUGGCUGUUACUCUGUGAGGAUGAGGGGCGCACCCAGGACUCAGGAGCCGGCGAGCCGGACACACAACCUCGGGAGAUGGAGUUCUACAUGCGGACCUUCAGCCAUGUGCGCCCAGAGCCCCCUGGCCAGGCCAGACCAGCGGCAGUGAAUGCCAAUCCCUCUCGGUUUCUUGCCACCAGUGGCCAAGGGGAGCCUCCACCACGCUCCUCCCCAGACACUCUCGCCCUGCCUUUCCAGAUCCGAUCCCAGAAAAAGAGGAAGCGGCGCGUGUAUAAGGUGCCAACGUCCGGGACCUUGGGCCGGGAGUCCUCGCUGUCCAAGCUGCGGGGGACCCGGGCCCCCGGCAGCUGCUCCAGCUCCUUGACGGAUUCCGUGGGCACCAGCCCCAUGCACGCCGCUGACGCAUCAGGUGCCUACCACUCGGCGUCUGCCGAGUCCAUGGACGAGAUUCCAGUGGCGCAGAAGCGCCUGGGCAGCGCCGCUCUGGCCGCCCCAGGGGUUAGGGGCCGAGAGCCCGGGCUGGCGCCGCAGACGCGUGCGCCCGCCGUUUUCGUGAGCCCGAGCAGCGGCGAGCCCGGGACUCUAGGCGGCCGGGAAGCCGGCCUGGCUUAGCUGGGCCCAGAGGCAGGAGGGCCGAGGAAGAGCGGCCGGCCCGACUCUCUAUGCAACACCCCACCCUUGCGGCACCGAGUGCACUUUAGGGACCCCGACGGCCGGCGGGAUCGGCCUCCCUCCCCUACGACUCAGCAAUACCCACCCUACCGGCCAUGAUGCUCCAAUAAACUUUUUUAAUGCUUUUGCGGA